GGUUACCCACGUUAUUGCACCACUACAGACUCCGAGGGUCGAGCUGUACUCCGUCCCGGCAAGAGUAAACGUGGAAAACUGCGAGGCCUUCCGGGAAGUCGAAGUCUGCAACAGGCCCUAAACGGCUGUGAAGAUGUCGCUUUUCUCGAUUUCCUUCGCCGCUGCCUGCACUGGUUGCCCGACGAACGAAUGACGCCACGUGAGGCGUUUCGUCACGAAUGGCUUCGCCGCCGUCUUCCUCGGCCUCCCUUGAUUGAUGGCAAUGACCAGCAGCCGCAAACUCUGCAAUACCACCACCACCAACACCAACACCAACAACGACAGCAGCAGCAGCAGCAGCAGCAACAGCCCUCCUCUCCGUGCUCACAACGGCAGGUGAAUCAACUGAAAAGGUCAAACGGAAUGGGUGAAGUCUGCACCAACAGUCUGACGGUGGCACCAGCCGCAGAGUCGACACCAAGCGCCAGUCUGACAGCAACCCUCGGUUUGCCCAAUUCCACAGGUACCGUGAUCACUUCUGCCGCCAUGGCAACCAGUGAGCUCAAUGCUGCUGCCGGUCGGAAGAGACCGGACAGUCCGAGUCGUCUGCAUGUGCCGAUAACCGCCGUCAGCGGGUCCGAUAAGGCGAUGGCACGAGCCCAACCGCCGCCUCAGGUGCAACCACAGGCGCAGGUGAUCAUUCAACGACACACUCAAUCAUUGCUGCAGCCCUCUUCGCCAUCCCAGCCCGCCCAGCAACAGAGUAGAGGGGCGGGGCAACAGCAAAAGUCACAUUCGUCAUCAAAGACGAUUGUGGCCUGUCCUUCGACGGGUACCACGGGUCAGCAGACUCUGCAAUUCUUGCAGCCGCCCGUCUUUGAGACGGCCUAUCCGAUCACGUCUACGAUGAGCGCAACGACAAGCUCUUCGAGCGACCAAGAUGGCGGCAGAUCCUCGGUGACGCAUGCCAGCACAACCGGUUUCUCUUGUCUCUCAGCCUCAUUCUCCACCGUCCAGCUGCCCACGACCGGCCGAUGCCUCCCACCGGCGCCGCCGUCGACGCCUCCACUCCCGACAUUGCUUAACCAACCGGCAGCGUCCGCCUGUCUUCCCGUCUCCGCCAAUCCGACCGGACUCACUGGCUUGGGUCCCACGAAGACCGGCAGUCCGUCGCCUCGUGACGCCCGUCCGCAUGCCGGACUCACCAGCUCAGACUCGACAGCCACCACAAACAGCCUGACAAACUGGAUAUCCGAAAUCAGUACUCUUCCCACCCUUCUCAAGCCGGGACAGGCAGCCACUGGGGCGUCCGGACGGGUGGAUCUCUCGAAUUCACCCCUUUCAGAGGCCGUUCAUGAGACGGCCGGUGAUCAUCAGAACUCCGGACAGCCGGCCUCUUUGGCUCCAACUCAUUCGCUGUCACAACGCAGUGGGCAAGAGCAACAACAACAACGACACUCUGGCCAAUCACAGUACGCCCUCCAUUCACAUCGUCAUCACUACCAUCAGCAUGCUCACCACCAGCAUUACCAACAUCCACACAAUCAUCAGGGACACCUGCCUCAAGCCCAGGCCCAAUCUCAGCCUCAGCCCCAACCUCAGCCCCAGCCCCAGCCCCAGCCUCAGCCUCAGCCACAACCUCAACCUCAACCUCAGCAACAAAGCCAAAGCCUCUCAGGUCGCAUACAUCCACAGGGUGGAUGUACUCAAGUCAUUGCCAGUCAACAAAUGAGAUCCUUGUCAGGCCAACCAGUGGUGUUCUCGGGCCAUGCGACUAGCGGGACUCAAGAGGCCCGCUUGUCGAAGGCCUACACGACACAGGAAUCCGAGGCGCAGACUCUUCUUGCCGAUGAGAUGAGGAAAAAGCAUUUUUAA